AUGGCUAGUAUUCGCAAAUACCCGGUGCUGUCGCGCCAAAGCACCCUGGCUCAAUUGCCCCCUGAGUCCACCAUCGACGCUGAAGCCCAGAUCGCCAAGCUCCUCUCGACCACCUCACCCAGUCGUCUCGUCGUGCUUGAUGACGACCCCACUGGCACCCAAACCUGCCAUGACAUCGCUGUCCUUACCGUAUGGGACAUUGACACCCUUGUCAAGGAGUUCCGCCAACCGUCCGGCGGGUUCUUCAUCCUGACUAACUCGCGCGCUUUUCCCGCCAGCGAAGCCGAGCAGCUGAUCCGCACCAUCUGCGAGAACGUCGCCGAAGCCGCCGCACGCACCCAUCAGACAGUGGACAUCGUCCUCCGCGGUGACAGCACGCUGCGCGGCCACUUCCCCCUCGAAGCCGACGUCGCGCAGUCGGUGUUCGGCCCCGCCGCAGCCAUCAUCCUCGCCCCCUUCUUCUUCCAAGGCGGCCGCCUCACCAUCAACGACGUACACUACGUCGCCGAGGGUGACUCACUCGUUCCUGCGGGCACCACCCCGUUCGCGCGCGAUGCCACCUUCGGAUUCCACAGUUCCGACCUCAGGGACUACGUGAUGGAGAAAGCACCGGGACGGUUCAGCCCCCAGGACAUCCACUCGAUCACCAUCGAGGAUAUUCGUCUCGGAGGACCGGAAGUCGUGUGCGAGAAGAUGCGACAGAUUCCCGAAGGCAAUGUGGUAAUCGUGAACGCCGCCGCGGAGUCGGAUAUGCAUGUUUUUGUCGCCGGGUUACUUCUGGCCAAAUCCCAAUCCCCGUCCGCAAAACCCUACCUCCACCGCACGGCCGCCUCGUUCGUCUCCACCCGCCUCUCCAUCCCCACCAUUUCCCCCCUCACAGCAACCGCUCUCGACCUCCCGCACCCCAAAAGUACAGGGGGGCUCAUCCUGGCCGGCUCGUACGUGCCCAAGACCACCGCGCAACUCAAGUCUCUAACGGACCGCCACGGGCCGACGGGCACCAACGCCCUCGCCAUCCUGACCCUCGAUGUCCCUGCGCUCCUUACCCAGCCUACCCCUUCUCCCAUCGCCAACGCCACCGAUGACAAGACCCCCAGAAUUCACACCGCAAUGGCAGACCUCGUUACCCACAUCCAGACGUCCUUGCAAGCAGGGAAGGACACCUUGGUGAUGACGAGUCGGGAUCUCGUGACCGGUGACGGAGGAGGGGAGAGUCUAAAGAUCGGAGGAAGAGUGGCAGAGGCUUUAGUGGAGGUGUUGAGGGGGGUGGUCGCUGGGGUAAGGCCGCGGUAUAUUGUUGCUAAGGGUGGGAUCACUUCGUCCGAUGCGGCAACGAAAGGACUGGAGAUCAGGCGCGCCAUGGUGGUCGGCCAGGCGGCGCCGGGAGUGCCAAUUUGGCGUUGCGAUGAGCCAACCUCGCGACAUGCGGGGAUUCCGUUUGUGGUAUUCCCGGGUAAUGUCGGUGGGGAGGGAACAUUGUGUGAGCUGGUUGAGGCGUGGAGUUGA